AUGAAUGGAAAGCCUGCCGGAGGGAUCAAAAUCCUGCUCAAUGAAGAGAAUAUAAUGGACAUUCAGGCCUUAAUACAUGGUCCAGAGGGCACACCAUUCGAGGGCGGAGUGUUUCGAAUCAAGUUGAUUAUCGGGAGCGAGUUCCCAAACGAACCACCAAAAGGCUUCUUUGUCACCAAGAUAUUUCAUCCAAAUGUAUCAAAAGCUGGUGGAGAGAUCUGUGUAGAUACGUUGAAGAGAGAUUGGAAGAAGGAUUAUGGAAUUGAUCAUAUCUUACUCGUCAUUCGUUGUUUAUUGAUUGCACCAAACCCAGAAUCAGCUCUGAACGAAGAGGCCGGCAAGCUACUCUUGGAGGAUUACUCUGCAUAUACACACCACGCAGCAAUGUGGACUAGAAUCCACGCACCAAAUAAAGGCGAAUUCCCAUCUAUACCUAAAACGAAGACGACAACAGCAUCAGCAACAGGAGACAAGUUGGUUGUUGAAGCCAAACUAACUGCCGAUUCGUCAAUACCCAAUUCAUCAACCACAACAACAGCAGAAAAUACAACCAAUACUACCACUACAAGUCCAACACCAGCAGCAGGAACGACACUAGCGGAGGUACUGGGUCCAAACGCUCAUGGAAAUGUCAUGUCUGGAUCGGUUGCGUCUGUGAAGAAACGGCCAGCAGAUAAAAAGUUGGAGAAGGAAGCGACUGACAAAAAGAGAACAUUGCGAAGGUUGUAA